GCUUCACUUGGAAAUAUUCCUUCUUACGAUGGAAAUCACAGGUCGAAGCUAUUGCUCACUUUCCGGAAAACGCACAACAGCCUUUUUAUUCGAUAGUAGAGCACCGGCAAAGACAAUGAAGCCCCCAAAAAAAUCAGUCAAAAUGCCAAGACAGUCACCCCCAGCGGCUACACGUCGACAUCAUGUGUGUGUACGGUAGGUAGUCAAGGAUAGGGUAGAACAGGUACUCCGCGCAGAGGACAGUGUCCAAAGCCUACUCUGUAUCCUGAUUGUUAUAUAAUCUGGAAAGACAACUAUGAUUGUAGCUUUCAGAGUUCGGAGAUUGUGAUUUGAAGUGCAUAGAACCGCCGUCCUUUGAGCAGCAGGCUAAGGCGAAUGACGAUUAUUCAGGUUCUGCUCGUAAGCUUUCUAGAAUUAACCUCUGUCGACAACCAUCAUUGCAUCUGUUGGCUUGAAUUUGGAGCUUUAGAGUCUUAACGUGAGAGAUCUGGCGGCGAAGAACGUCUACAUACACAUCGAAGAUCAUCCCAUAACAAGAAUGACUUCGGCUACGUCCUCCUUACGAUGCAGUUGC